UCGUGACAUGCUCAUAUCAGACUCAAACCCAUUCGGCGAUAUUUCAGCUUUUGUUCGAUUCGCAAUUUCAAAAUCACUCAACAGUAUGGCACUAAAUCACUCUUUUGCAGGAAAGCGGAUCCUGGUCACUGCCGGAGCUAAAGGCAUCGGUCGAGCCAUUGUGAACCGUUUGCAUGCCGACGAUGCCCAUCUCUUUGUCUUGCAACGGAAUCCCGUCCUGGCCCAGAAAUUAAGGGAUGAAUUGCCCAAUGUGACCGUGGCCUGUGUCGAUGUCAACAACUGGACCGAGACGAGGGAGGCUAUCGAGUCAUUCGGGGUGCUGGAUCAUGUCAUCAAUAAUGCAGGGUUUUUAGAGUCCCAGCCAUUCAUGGAAAUAACGGAGGAGUCCGCAGAACUACAUCUUUCGACAAAUUGCAAAUCCUUGAUAAACAUUGUACAGUCUGCGGCCAAGGGGAUGAUUGAGUCGGGAAAUGGAGGCAGUAUUGUGAACAUUUUAUCACUGGGCGGUCAUGCUACCGUGGCGGGUAUUUGCUGCUACUCCACGAGCAAGGCAGCCACCCUUAUGUUGACCAAGUGCAUGUCCGUUGAGCUGGGCCAAUAUAAAAUCCGUGUCAAUUCCGUGAGUCCAGCAGCUGUGGCGGACACUGACAUGGUGGCCUUGCUGCCCCCCACGGCGGGCGCUCUUCUCGCACGCGCCAUGCAGCCGCGCCUCCUCGUCGCGGAUGAGGUUGUGGAUUCCGUCUUGUUUCUCCUCAGUCCAAGGGCGUCAAUGAUUUAUGGAGAGGAUAUUCUAAUCGAUGGGGGCGUGCAUACCUGUUAGAGGAGAAAUUGUUGGGGAAAUAGUUCGGAAAUGUGUACCAAACGUAGUCACACCAUGAGCUUCGUAUGUAAUUUCUAGUGUUACUUAUCAACUUUUUUAUUAUAUUA